AUGGUAGGGUGAACACGUCAAUGUAAGGGUGGGGUCAUCUAAUUUAGCACAAGGGUUAAAACAGCAGCAAAUGUGCGGUUUCACACUCACAUGCAGUCAUGCAAAAAUUAGAUAAGUGCACCCACUUCAUUGAAGUUCUUUGAUAAAUGAGCUCUUAUUCUGCACACAUGCAGGUAUUCAAAGCAGGCUGUAAAUGAUGUCCUGCCAGUGGGUGAGUGAGACGUCAUCUUCAUCUAUAUUCCUGAUCAAUAAACUGCACCAUUGUUUCUAAUCAUGAGUGAGGAUGGAGGACACUAGAUUAUCACUUCAGACGUCUAGUUACAUCACAAAAGUGUCUCAAACAAACCUGAUUUUAUUUAUUUCCUGCUCAAGCAGACUUAAAUGACAAAUCUAUGAAGUGUUGAUAAUAAUAACAAAAUGAGUUUUGUUAACUAAAAUUCAAAUCCCAAAGUUAUAUAAAACCAAAAAAGCUGUAAACACAGUAAAAUUUAAAAACAAAUCUGCAGCAGUAAGAGUCAUGUCCAUAAAAUGUCCAACUUUUUGCUUAAGCUUUGCCAACUACACUUGCAGUUAACACAGAUUAAAGUUAAUGUUGGAAAUGCAGUUCAGGCUAAAUAUUUGCAGUGAAGUCAUUUCUCUGUUUUGUCAGACAUUGUAAUAGGUUGUCUUAUCAAGCAGCAGCAACACCAUCAAGUUCACACCAGGUCUCAUUUUUAAAAGAAUAAGUAUCGUUUGAGUUUUCCAAAACCCAUUUUCAGCUUCUCCUGUCACAUGACCAAAUAACAUGUCAGCCAAUAAAUGACAGAAACUAAAGAAUACAAACCACUAUAAGAAAAAUGAGAAUUAGUAUUGAAAUAUUUAAAUCUUUUUCUUUGAUCUGCUGUUUUUCCUCUGAAAUUUGUGCAGGUUUCUGUGAUAAGUGUAGCAUUUCUUUGUUACAGAGUAUGUCAAAUUAACUCUAUAUUGCUACAAAUAGAAACAAAUUCAAAUUCAACAACAGUACAGCAAAACUGCAAUGAUUUGCAAACGAAUCACACAUUUUAAAGAAAAGUUAUUUCUAAACAUAAAAAAGAAUCAAGCUACUCUUCAGCAUAGCAAUUUUUUUAAAAACUUUUUUGCAUGAACUCUUUGCAUCCUUAAAACUGUUGGCUUAACAUGAUUUGAUCAGAACUAACACAAAGCUUUCUUUGUAGUGUCCCCCGUCAUAAAGAUACGUACAACAAUCCAUGCAAAUAUUUUUACCUGCUACUUUGUUUCAGGCAUAAUUGUAUCUAAUUUUAUCACUGAGGAGACUGCUAUAAAAGUCCAGGUAAAAAACGAGGGACAUGGACAUCGUGCAGUGCUGCAGGAAAGAACCAGGAUCAGGAAGACAGCAGAGUGUCUGGCCCCUGACUGCAAAAAUAGACUGUUGGAUAAGCAACUAAUCUUCUAAAGCAGGGGAGCUUUGUGUCCAGCAGUGAUCCGACCACAAAGAUGUCAGUCUGGGCUGCUUUUCUGCUGAUGUUUGGAGCCUCCAUGGUGACUGCAAAGGUUUAUCCCUUGGACAUGGCUGACAACUCUGUGGAUGACAUGUAUGAGGGCUGUGAAGACAAAAUGUCUGAAAAAGUGGAAAAAGAGUUCCUGGAGAACGAGAAAAACAAAAAUAAGAUAUUUCGUGCUGCUUGGAAUGAAGCAGAGAUGACAACAUCUUUGACAACAAUUUUGAGUAGAGCUGAGGUUGUGGCCAUUUAUGUUUACACAAAUGCUUUGACAAAAAUUUACAGUGACUUAAAUAAGGAAGUUAGAGAACUGGGAACUGAGUACAAGAAGAGAUUUAAUUAUCACUCCCUGCACUUUUUUCUUACAAGCGCUUUAAAAAAACUUGACAAAAAGAAAAAAGGAAAAUGUUACACUGCCUACAGGAGAACUACUGCCUCCUUCAGUCAGGAUGUUCUUAACAAGGAGAUGCGCUUUGGUUAUUUUGCUUCCUCCUCACAGUAUCCUUUAGAGUCCAGCCAAAGCAAAGAAUUGGAAAAAGAUUUUGGAAACAAAAGCUGUUUUGUCAUUGAAACGUGCUUUGGAGCUGAUAUCUCACCAUAUUCAAAGUUUGAAAAAGCAGAGGCAGAAAUCUUGAUUCCUCCUUACGAGGUGUUUAAAGUCACAAAUAUAGAGACAAGAGCAAAGAAGCAGGAGCUUCCAUGUGAGGUUGUUUAUACAUUGAAGAGCACCGAGAAACCUUUUUCAAAGUACAAUUGUGCACUAUUCUAAGUCCUCCAUGUCUCAUGGAUGAGAAUUUUGGACUAAAAAAAUGCAGAUCCUUUGAAUUUAUUUGAAAUACCAACAACCAAAAGCAACAGAAACAGGCAAAAGUGUCUCAAGAAAUCAGUGCGUACCUUGGAAAAAUAAAAAAAAAUUAAAAAAAAAA